GGAGAACCGAUGUAACCUAACUAACCAAAGGUGACAGGAGUAAUAUCAUAAGUAGCCAUUGUAUCCCUAUACCUGUACAUAUAUCUCAAGGCGCCAUGCCACCGGUUGACCAGCCGGACAACGUAACCCUGGCCCUGUUCGUUGUCCUUUUACAAUGUCUAGCUUCUCUAGGCGUGUGCAUUAAUAGUAGGUCAGGUGUAAUGAUGCAAUCAGACGCGCAACAUGGCAAGGGAUCACCAUUAACGCGGGAAUCGAGGUUUCCUGGUGGCUGCACCUUGUCACCUCGCCGGACCCCUCGGAGCCCGGCAACAAUUACGUACAGGAGACGGACAUGAAUAUGCCAUGGUAGUAAGUAAUGUUUGGG